AUGCAUCCUAAAGUGAAUUAUCUGCACCAACCUUCCCUUUUGGAUCCCAGCCCUGAAUCAGAGUUGAGUUUGAAACCUCCAUCCCAACCAAUCCAUAUAAUUCAUUUUCAACACUCAUUGCCAGCUGCUGCUCUUGAUGGUCUUACAUUGGCAAUGGAAUAUUCUAAUAACUUUCGGCUCUGGCUUCUGAUUUUUGUUUAUCUUUCAGCCUUUCAGUUUCUCGUCUUGUCAACAUCCUCCUCUCACUCGGUUUUAGAUUUUAACUAUUUUACACAUCAACUUCAAUCUCUUGACCAAUUAUCCUCUCAUAAUCCAGAAACAAAUUUAGAUGAUCGUUAUAAUCUUUUGCUAUCUGAACUACAACUGCGGAAUUCAACACCUCCAGCAUCUUGUUCAGACUCUACUCUCCAUCUAUCAAUUGACCAGGUGAUUGAUCUAUCUUUAAGAACUCUUUAUAAGAAGGCUAUUCUCAACGUUUCUUUAAAAAAUUUAAAUCAAGCUAUAACUGAUUUGAGCAACUUUUUGAAUAUCUAUAACCUGCAUUACAACACCAAUAAUGCUAAGGAAAACGAACACAAGAAUUCCAGAAAUUUUGUCACUAUUCAAUUGUUAUCCUUAUAUCUUCAAGUUGGUAACUACGAUGCCAUUUCCGCUUUGCUAAAUGAUUCCUCGAUUCAGUAUUUACCAAGGGAUAAACUCGAUAAAAUUUUAACUGAUUUUAAUGAGGUCAAGCUGUUGAUAUCAAAUAUUAACAAAACUUUAAAUUCCAACUUAAAUUCUUUUUCAAAUUCUUUUUCAACCGCAGACUACAAUUCAACUUCCGAUUACCUAUCUUCUGCGCUUGCAAUCUCUCAUUCAAAUCCUCAAUUAUACUUGCUACUGAUCAAAAAUGAUUUAAAAUAUUUAUUUGGUAAUUUCAAAUUGUCACUGUUUCCAUUGUCAAAAUAUCAGCUUACUCAGAAUUUGCUAUCCUCCUUCUUAUCUCUAUCAAAACUUUUACCCCUAGAUUCAACCAAUUAUUUAAUUCUAUCAAAUCUUUAUCUUUUUCAAUUCAGUAAUGAUAGAAUAUCUCACCUCUUUACUAAAAGAGGUAUUCAUUAUGAUUUUGAUAAUUCGAUUUUAAAACUUUAUAUGAAAUUUUUUUCACGAAAUAUAAACUUUUUUGCUCUUUUCAAUCGCUUUAAAUCCUAUAACGACUAUUAUUUCAUUGUCAAUAGAAACGGUGAUACUGAUUACAAUUAUAAUGAAGAUGAGAAACCUGACGUCUUAGAUGAAUCGCAUUAUACUGAAAUGCUUGAUAGCCUAUUAUCCCCUGACCAUCCCUUUCUAAUCUCAAAUCUUGAUAUGAAAAGGUACUUUAAAGAUAGAAAAAUUUCAAAUAAUUUUCAGUUAUUAAAUUACUUGUCCAAUCUUUUUAAUAAUUAUCUUUUAAAUCAUCACAAUAGUCCUGAUUAUUUUUCAAUAAAUCCAGAUCUAUUAUCGGAUAAUAUUUUGUUGACAAUAAAUAAUUUCUCUCUUGAAUUGAACAAAAUCAUCCUUAUUUCAAUGUUAAAUUCAAAACCAUCACAUUCAACAUUCAAUUUAAAGGAUUUAAAAUUUUAUGCCAACAAUAUUAUCAAGCUUGAACUAUUAAAUUCAAAUAAAACACCAAAAGAAACUAAAAAUAAUAACUACAUCCCUCAAUUUUUUCCCGCUGUCAUCCCAAAACUUGAAUCUCUACUUAAAUCCAAGAAUAUAAAUCAAUUGAAAAAAAUAUUUGAUUUCUAUUUAAAAAAUAACAUUAAUAAAAACAAAAUUACCAAAAACAAACUUUUUCAAAAAUAUUACAAAAAAUUUGAAUCCCUAAUUGAAGACCAGAAUCAACAAAACUGGAAUCAUCAAAGCCAGCGUCAGCAAAGGCACCAGCAAGUGCGUCCCGAGUCCUCAAAAAAUAAUUACUAUAAAAUCCUUGCAGUGCCUAGAAACGCUGACCAGGCUGAAAUUAAAAUGGCUUAUAGAGCUUUGACCAAAAAGUUUCAUCCAGACAAAUACCAGGGCAAUAACAAGUCUAAAGAAGAAAUCGAAGCAAAAAUGAGUGAAAUCAAUAGGGCAUAUGAAGUUUUAUCAAACAAAGAGUUGAAGGAGAGAUAUGACAAUGGUGACGACCCAAAUGAUCCUCAUGGUAGGCCUGCAUCUAAUGGUGGCCAAACUAGUUAUAAUUUUCAAAAGGGAGGCUUUAAUCCUUUUGGUACUGGCACUGGUAGUAAUGGUAGAGCCAAAAAUUUCCAUUUUAAUUUUGGUGGGAAUACGAACAAAAACUUUUUUCAGCAAUCAUGGCAACAAAAAUCAUCUGGAAGUAGUGGGCCUUUUGCUCAGUUUUUCGGUCAGUCCAAUCAAAGAAGAAACAACAAAAAAAGAGCCUUUUGA